AUAAACCAAAGGAUAUUUUCGGAACUUCACAGAAGUAAAACCCAACCCACGAGCAAACCCUAGUUUAUAAAUUCAUAUAAGACGUUCCAUUUUUCCAGCGUGUGCCUCUCAAUCUCUCUGUUGUGAAACCCUAAAUCUCAUUCUUCCGCCAUUUCUAUCGAAAAUGAAGGUUAUCGCUGCUUACUUGUUGGCCGUUUUGGGAGGCAACGCAUCCCCUUCAGCUGCUGAUCUUAAACAAAUUCUUGGAUCAGUUGGAGUUGAUGCUGAGGAUAACAACAUUGAGUUGCUCCUAAGUGAAGUUAAGGGCAAAGACUUCGCUGAGCUUAUUGCUAGCGGAAGAGAAAAGUUGGCUUCAGUUCCUUCUGGUGGUGGUGCUGUUGCAGUGGCUGCUGCAUCAGGAGGAGGUGCUGCAGCUGCUGCACCUGCUGCCGAAGCUAAGGAGGAGAAGAAGGUUGAAGAAAAAGAAGAAUCCGAUGAUGAUAUGGGAUUCAGCUUAUUUGAUUAAAAAGUCUCGAGCUAUCUGUGUUAGACAUUUGUGGUUUUAGUUAUAGUUUUUUUUAGUCGACUUCCAAGAUUUUGUGUUUACAAUUGAGACAAUGUAAUGACAUCGAUUUUAGUAAUGUUUUGAAUUUAAUUUGCAUUA